CCAAGUUGAUUAUCUACUCUGUUGCCCAACAAAACAUGAACACAACGAUUUUCUUACUUCACAGAAAAUAAGAUGACUUUAGCAUGCUGCACUUAAAAUUAGAUCAUUUUUGGACGAUACCAAAUCAUGUGGCGGUUAAAAUUGCACUUGAUCUUAAAAAGCUUCUUGUUGACAACAGCCUUCUUGAUGUCUCUCAGGCAGAUUUAGAGGCAAACUUGUUUAAGCUUAUGGAGCGGAGAGGUUUUGGAGAAGAGUAUAUAAAACGUUAUAAAAUGAUAACAAGAUUUUACCACCAGAGAGUUCCUCUUGUUAUUCUUGUUUGUGGUACGGCCUGUGUUGGCAAGUCUACUAUUGCUACACAACUAGCACAACGCCUCAACUUGCCAAAUGUCUUGCAGACAGAAAUGGUGUAUGAAUUGCUGCGCACAUCAACAGAUGCACCUUUGACGUCUCCUCCAGUAUGGGCACGAGAUUUCAGCUCAUCUGAGGAAUUAAUAACUGAAUUUUGCAGAGAAUGCAGAAUAAUAUGGAAAGGUUUGGCUGGCGAUUUGAGAAAAGCAAUGAAAGAUGGUAAACCGAUUAUAAUUGAGGUAUUGAUCACGCCCAACUAUGCCUUAUAA